ACGUUUUCAGGCCUUUUUGUAACCCUUUUUUGUCUUUUCCAAUUGCUCUUUUUAUUUUUUCUCUCUCCUGUCGUUGGGGUUUGAUCGGUAAGAUUUGAGAAGUGUUGUUUUUAGGCGUUUUUGCGAGCCGUGCCUCAAGUUUUCAGUAUGCGGUGAUUUCUAUCGGGCUGUUCAGUAGUGACACUGGGCAAAUACGCGCUUGCAUUGGUGUCAACUGGUUUUUAAAUCCGUUUUUACCUAUGUGCAAUGAUAGUGGUUUUUAAACAUCUUUUUCUUUUUUGGUUUCCCACCCUUGACUUUUGGUGUAGAUGUGCUUUGCUUGUAUUUUGCGGUGUUUGUUCGUGAGAGUUUUGUGAUUUUGAUGUCACCAUUUGCCUUUUAUUUUGGUGCGUCUUUUCUUUGCCCACACAAAAGAAAGUCCUUUUCUGACCUUUUAAUGCGAAACUUUUCUUGCGGCUUACUACUGAUGGCGUUUGUUUGUUUUUGGUUUUUCUUUCCUUUUUCGAUGCCUUUUACUUUUGCUGGUGAUCUUGUGGUGAAGUGAUUUUUGGAUGUGAUCAUUUUUCGCGUAGAUGAUGCAAAGUAAGGUUUCUGUGAGUGGAAUGAGUGUUUCUUUGGGAGAAAUAUCAAUGCGUCUUUGCUUUCCACGAAGAUGAACAGACGAUUCUCCCUUGCAGACGUGUGGCCAAACCCGGCGCAUUACGAAAAUAUCUCCACAACGGCGAGGCCGACUGAGAAUCAACAAACACCUGCCGUGAACGUGGGCCAGCGAUCCAUCAACUGACAGAUGCUGGAAGAAGAUCUCCCGCAAAUGCUCAGCACAGGAGAUUUAUCAGAUAAGAGGAGAAACAUGACUGGAAAGAGUCAGACCAGCAAUGUCACCAACAAGAAUGACCCACGCUCCCUCAACUCACGGGUCUUCAUUGGCAACCUCAACACUGCCAUCGUGAAGAAGACCGACAUCGAGGUCAUCUUCGCCAAGUACGGCAAGAUCGUGGGCUGUUCGGUGCAUAAGGGUUACGCUUUCGUCCAGUACAUAAGCGAACGGAACGCACGGGCAGCGGUGGCAGGCGAGAACGCCAGGAUUAUCGCAGGACAACCCCUCGAUAUCAACAUGGCCGGAGAGCCCAAACCCUACAGGCCCAAACCAGGAACCAAAAGACCCAUCACUGCAGUCUACGGUGGUUAUGAAUUUGAUUAUGAUUACUACAGGGAGGAUUUCUACAAUCGGCUGUUUGACUAUCAUGGACGUGUGGCUCCUCCUCCGAGGGCCGUGAUUCCUUUGAAACGCUCACGGGUGGUCCUUCCAUCCACUCGGAGAGGGAAGACUUCCUUCCCCAUUAAAACAUCCUCAUCCUCUUCUUCAAGACCCCCAUCGUCAUCGUCGUCCUUCACCUCUGGUCAGAAAUUAAAGUCGGACCAACUCCAGACCAUCAAACGUGAACUGACUCAAAUCAAGAUAAAAAUCGACUCUCUUCUGGGCCGCCUGGAGAAGAUCGAGAAACAACAAAGAGCCGAGUGCGAAUCCCAUAGGAAGUAUGAGGAUAACUGUGACUCUCUGCAUGAGGAGUCAAUAUCAGAAACAGCGGAGAACUCUGGAGAAGAGGGAGGGGAGGGGACCUUAGACGUGGAGGCGGGUGAGAUGACCGACGGAGGCGAGGAUGAUUAUGAUGAAGAAGGCAGCACUGAUCUGAUGGAAAAUCAUGUGUCUGACAUUGACAACUGAAGACUUGUGUUCAAUCCGGAGAGGAUAUCGACACAAGACGUCUAACUCUGAGAAGACCGACAUCUCUCAAAAGAGGCUGUGAACUUUCUCUCGGCUGUAAUUGAAGGAAGAACAAAUGUUUGGACGCCAUUUAGCAUCUGCUGGUCACUUCUGCUGUCUUUCUUAUGAUAACGUUACAUUCAAUUGUGUUUUGAUUUACAGACCUCCUUGUAAAAUAAGUUUUAAAGAUCAUCAUCACGUGAACGUUUCACUUUAGUAUUUUCUUUAAAAGUCGUGUUCUUUGAGAACAGAUCAAACUUUGGGAAUUGAUGGGACUUUUUAAGUGAUUUUACCAUUUACAGUGCAACAGUCUGUGUGUGGAAAAAAAGCCUUAAAUGUCAGAAAAUGUAACCUGUCAUUUUUGUCACCCUCAGUGUUAACAGGGAAGCUGUUUAAAGAGUUUUAAAACAUGAAAGCUUUUAAAUAUGUCUAAAAAUGAAUAUGUUUAAUGAGGCUGUCCGCCAACCCUAUUUGUAAUUUGCUUGUGUUUAUUUGUUGAAUGUCAUGCAGUCUUUCACACUUAUUUCAAAGCCAGUUUUUUUAAAUAUGUUUUGUGUAUAGUGGUUUCCAUUUUUUCCAUUAUUUAUCAAGAUAUAUAAAAAAAUUAUAUAUAAAAAGUUUAACGCUGUACUGCCACACAUUCCUCAACACAAAAUUAAAUAUUGUCAGACCCCGGAACAUGUGUGUGUCACAUCCCACUGUUUUAAUCCAGUAGAUUAAUGACUGGUCUAUCAAACUACAUCUGCUUUAUAUCCAUGUUUUAUGUUUUCUCUGAUGUUAAUGAGUUUAGAGUUUGUCAUAAUGAACUCUCUAUUUUUCUAUGGCAGAUUUACACGAAAUGCUUCAAAAUAUUAAUAUUUGUUUUGCUGACAUUCAUUCUGCUGCUGUACAUAAUUAAUUUGUUUAAAUGAAGUAUGUGAGUUGUUUGUGUGAAGCUUGAAACAGACUGACAAGAAAUAGUUUAAAUAUUUUGAAAUCGUGAUUUGAGAGGAAAAAAGAUUCUAUACAGAAUAUUAUCGUAACUGCUAAGCUGAGAGGUUUAGUUAUACAACAUCAUUGUAUAGAAAUGUAAACUUUUUGUAAAGAUAUUUUUAUGAUUAGCAUGUUUGUUAUUUUUAUGUAUUUUCAGUUGUUUCAUUUGUGGUCUGGCUAAAAGCUUCAUGAUGGUGGGAAGACUGUCAUUACCAUCACAAUAUUAAAAUUUACAAAA